UUGGAUGUAAAUAUUAAAAUUGCAUUAUUCCUGCGCACAUCAACCCUCUCUUUAAAGACUCUUUCUAAAAGCACUGUCUAAGUUGGCUUUUAUUCUUCUCCAUUUCAGGCCCCUGACAUUUAUGGGAUCACAGACAAAGAAGGUCCUGUUGACUCCCAUCACGCAUCCGGCUCGUCCUUUCCGGGUCUCAAACCAUGACAGGAGCAGCCGGCGGGGGGUGAUGGCCAGCAGCCUGAAGGAGCUCAUCAGCAAGACCCUGGAUGCCCUCGUUAUCACUGCUGGGCUGGUCACUUUGGUGCUGGAGGAAGAUGGCACCAUGGUGGAUACAGAAGAGUUCUUUCAGAACUUACAAGACAACACACAUUUCAUGAUCUUGGAAAAAGGACAGAAGUGGACCCCGGGCAGUAAGUAUGCUCCAGCUUACCAGCAGCCAAAGAAAUCGGGAAUAGCGAGACUCACCUUCGACUUAUACAAGCUGAACCCCAGGGACUUCAUCGGCAGCCUCAGUGUGAAGGCCACCAUGUAUGAGAUGUAUUCUGUGUCCUACAACAUCCGGUGUACCAGUGCCAAGGCCCUGCUGAGGAGCGUGCUGCGGUUCCUGUCCUACGCCACCCAGGUGACCGGGCAGUUUCUCUUCUACACGGGCACGUACAUGCUGCGUAUGCUGGGUGACUGUGAAGAGCCGCCUGCUCCCAGGUCACGCUCCGAGGGAACGCCCACGUGUGGGUAA